CGAGACUACAUGUCAAAGGUCACAGCGCGGUAAAAUUGUGAAGUAAUUUUCUGCACGCGUGUAAAACUUGCAAAGAAAGGCAUCGGCGCGGGACCACAAAACUAGGCCUGUCUCUCUCAGCAUGGAGGAGUGAAUCAAAUUUCAUCAUAAUAUGGGAACUGCGGCGAUUCCAGUUAUUCAGUGAUGACUUGGUAGCUGUCAUUGAUGCAUCUACUUCACUAACAGCUGAUCUUUGGACCGUGCAGUAGCUCUCACUGUGACCAUUCAAAAUGGAAGCAAUACAGACUGACAACAAUGAUCUUGCUGAUGCAGUCAGGGAAAUUGAUGGUCUAGUGACUCAGUUAUGUCAGGAACAUGAUGAUAGCAAGUGUGAUCAGCUCACAGACCGGCUACUAGACAUCUCACAGUCAGUAUUAGGCCUGGAUACCAGACUAGCACACAAUCAGGCUGCUGAAAUACAGUUGCAGAAUUGUGCUUUCUCACUAUGGAAUGUUGCAGUGGCAAGAAAAACUGGCGAAUCAUUGCAUCAAGAACUCAACGCCAAAGUCAGACACAUUGCCUGCAAUUUGGCCUCCUCUAUCCCAUCUUCAAGGGAAUCCUUUGUCAUGCUCAAGAAGCAGAUAACUAUGGCAGGCAGAACUGGGCGUGCAUGGCUUGAUUGCCAGAAACCUACCAUGGCUGACCAGUCCUUGAGCUUAGCAUUGGAUGGAUUGGAGAAAAUGAAAACAAUGUUGGAAUCUUCUCCUGGUGGUUCAUCAGAUGAAUGGCAUGAAGCCCAGCAACAUCAGUGCAUAGAAGUAGAAAGAGAAGCAUUCAAGAUAUAUGCCACUAAGGGCGAGUCGUUGGUUAUGCAGGAUGAGCAUGAAGUUGGACUUCACUGGAUUCAGAAAGCAAAAGCACUCCUUCCACAGAUGCCAAAAGAGUCUUCCUAUCUAGCAAUGCUGUGCUACAACUUUGGCUGCGACACUCUGGACAAGAAAUACUACAAAGCCACUAUCGCAUGGCUCAGAGAGAGUCUUGAGCUGGGUAAGGGGGAGCAUCCUAUUGAACCAGAAUUUCAGGCCAGGACCCUGCGUUUGCUAGCUAGUACCUACCUAGACUGGGACCCGGAGCAGUAUAGUCAGAAAGCUCUGAAUGCAGUCGGCUUGGCUAAUGCUGAGCAUAGCCACCCAUCAGGUCUCCAUCUCAAGAUAAAGAUUCUUCUUCGUACCAACGGCAGUGACGUCAGGAUUAGAGGAGCUUUGGAUGAUUUGAUAGGCCAUGCACACCUGAGUGUCAACCUGGCAGUCCACACAAUCAGGAUGCUAGCUGAACAUGACAAGCUGGACAUCUGUCUGAAUUCCUGCCAAAAAAUGGAGCAUCGAUUCUCGUCAGAUACAGACAUUGGUAAACUGUAUAUUCAGCAUCUUGAGCUGUUGCUUAGCAACAAGAUGACAUCAGAGGCAAAGGCACUUUUAGAGGAAUGCAUCAGAGGUCAUUCGUCUGUCUUUGACAUUGAUGUCAACACUCAGAGACAUCUCCACACUGUUCUAUGGGACAAAGCAGCAAGUGAUUAUGAUGUUGGUGACAAUGCUGAAGCAUUAGCCUGGUACAGCUACUCACUGACGCUCUUGAAGCAAGCUGACUCCAACCAUGAAAGCCUUGCCAAACUACAGAGAAACAGAGCCUCCUGCUUCCUCAAUCUGCAGCAACCUGAUCAGGCAUUGGAAGCAGUGAAAGAAGCUGAGAAGCUAGAUCCCAUUAGCCCCUUCACACAAUACAUCCUGUACAAGGUGGCACUAUGGAAAGCAGACGGAGAUGGAGCUACCCAAGCUAUUCAGAGACUGAGUGAUUGCAGUAAGGAAGCUAAGCAAGAUGACGGGAGUGAUUACAAGGAGACUGUCCUCAGUCUCAUCUGCUUAGCGGCUCAGAUGGCAUUGGAGAAAGACAACCGUACUAUCGCUGUGAAAGCUUUGGAGAAACUGGUGCAGCACUCGGAGGAUCAGCAACAGAUUCUGACAUCUCUCAGAUGCUUAACACGACUUCAGCUGACAUCUGCUGAUGGUAAAGAAAAUACGACUGAGGCUAGUGCAGUAUUAUCAUACUUGAGGACAGCGUAUGACACUCUCCACAGUCAUGCAGAGACUGUCAUGGAUGACACAGAUAUUGCCUGGACAGAAGAAGCAAGCUGGUUCAUGAAAAUAUCAUGGAACAUGGCGCUUGAAUCGUCUGAGAACAGCACACUAACCCAUGAGUUCUUCACGUUUUGCAGCAAGUUCAGUCAUUUGUUGCCUCCUGAGGAGAAUAACGCUGCUCAUCAGAAGACCUGUCUGUUCAUGGCAGCUGCUGCUGCUCUACAGAUGGCCAGAGAACAGCUGAAUCGAGAGGAUAAGCUUGCUUCUUUCAAGCAGUGUCUUGACCAUAUCAAAGUCUGUAGAAGCAUCAGCCAGGAACUACAGACGGAACAAGGGAGCGAUAGCAAAGAAAUGGCAUCAGUCUUGCUGACCCUGUAUGAAUUUGAAGCUCUGGCAAACCUUGGCGUUGUCUCUGAGCUAGAAAGGAUCCUAGAGGAGGUGGUGUCCAACCCUGACACAGAGAUCAAGACACUGGAAACCAUGGCAGCCCUAACCAUGCAGCCUCCUUUCCUGCCUUCAUCCAUCUGCAAGAAAGUACUGCAAGUAAUCAUCCAGAAAUAUCUCCAGCAACCUGAGGGUGUGGACCUCACAAAAUGCAGCAAAGCCCUUUAUAGUAUGAUAGAGAUAUGCCUGAAGGAUGGCAAAGUAAGCUAUGAUACAGCCAGCAGACAGGAAGCAUGGGGACAUUUCACUACAGCAUUCAACUUGAUUGAGAAAAGUGACAAGGGGAUUACAGAAUACCCUGAGAUGCAGAUCUUGUGGCUGCUAACCCGAGCCUGGAACACCGGCAUACAUCUACUCAGUGGUGGUCAGAUGACUGAUGCAGAGAAAUGGUGUGGUCUGGGUAUGAGAUUCAUGAAUCACCUCACGAGCCUCAAGUCCAACUAUGAAGACAAGAUGAAGAACAUCUAUGCAGAAGUCCUAGACAAGAUUGAGAGAAACAAGUUGAAGGGUGUCGAGGAGGAGGAGUAGAGUCUUCCCAACAUGAGGGUACAGUGACUGUAGGUAAAACUAUCAGGACCUGCUUCCUUGAAUAUUGAAUUGAUUUGAAUCGACUUUUUGAAACUUAGGCCAAUUUUGUGGAACUACUAAGCAUGAAAGUUUGCCGAGAACAAAAUAAAAUUGCUGAACAAAAAACAGAUCACCAGACGACACUGGAAUCACACAGCUCAUGACUGAUUAUUGCUCCAUGAAAUUGAGCCCUCAUCUGUGGUUAAAAACACUCAACUUAAAGGUAGCGUCCAUCAUUUGUAAUUUGUGCAUUAUGUUUGUUUAAAGCAACAAAAGUGCUCAAAAUCUAAAGAAGGGGGCUGAACAACUAACCUGA